GGUCACUACACUGAACAAGUAAAAAGAGGUUUAACUAUUAGUUUUACUCUAUUUAUUAUUAGUGAAUUAAUAGCUUUCUUAUCUGUAUUCUGGGCCUAUUUCCAUUCUAGUUUAUUACCUAAUGUAGAAAUUGAGAGUGUUUGGCCUCCUUUAGGAAUUCAAAUUUUAGAUCCUUUUAUAAUACCUUUACUUAAUACUAUAUUAUUAUUAUCCUUAGAGGCUUUUAUUACAUAUAGUCAUUAUACUAUUAUUAAAGGUAAUAGAAAAAGUACUAUAUUAGGAAUAAUUUUAACUUUAU